AUGGCUCCUGAUCGCUCGGGAAAGAGCGUAUUUCUGGGGAACAUCCCCUAUAAUCUGACGGAGGAGCAAGUCAAAGACAUCCUCAGCACCGCUGGCACUGUGACUAAAUUCCGCCUGAUGAUGAACCCAGAGACUGGAAAACCGAAGGGAUAUGGGUUUGCAGACUUUUCAGAUGCAGAUGCUGCAGCUUCUGCAGUGCGAAAUCUCAACGAUUAUGAAAUCAUGGGAAGAAAGAUCCGUGUCGACUGGCCUCACAACAAUGAAAAAGACGCUAUUCCUCCUGAUUAUUCGCAACAAUCUGGACCCACGAAUCAAGAUACUACUCCACAGCUUCCCCAAAUCCCAGGCGCUGCCCCUCUGCCUCCUCUUCCUCCCGGGAUCGAGCUUCCACCUCACCUCGACUGCCCGAACGCCAUAUCCCAUACACUUGCCUCCCUUCCCCCAAAUCAGCUUCUUGAAGUUCUCAGUCAGAUGAAAUCUCUCGCUGUUGCAGAUCCAGCUCGUGCAACCGAGCUCAUGCGCCAAGCUCCUCAGCUCGCCUACGCCAUCUUCCAGGCAUUACUUUUGAUGAACCUGGUUGAGUACCAACUUCUGGGAUCCAUUGUUGAGCAAGCCGCUGCUCAGCCUGUGCCUACCCCUCAGUAUCAACAAUAUGGCGCUAUUCCAAAUCAAAUUUCCACGCCUCCGGUUGCCGCUUCUGCUUUUGCUCCCCCACCUCCUCAAGCACCUGCUCCACAGCAACUCCCAAGUCAGGAUGAUCUUCUUCAACAAGUCCUUAGCAUGCCACAGUCUGCAAUUGACGCCCUUCCGCCAAUGGAGCGCAGUCAAAUCAUCUUGCUCCGCCAACAGUUGAUGCAGGGCGGCAUGCGGUAG